ACGAGCUGGCAGCAGCGGGCAUAGAACGCACCCACUACUCUGGCUCCGUCGCCAGCCACGUCUUCGUUUGAAGCGCGCAGGGAACUGCUCGGUUCUCUUGCUUGCUGUGUGCUGGGUACUCGACCUGCUGUCCUUCUGGCCUAUGCUGUCCUCUCGUUUUCUCGUUCCCACCCUCUUGCCCCCCACCUCCCUCUCCCCUCUUCCCUGCUACCGGUCUUGGUGGUGGUCUAUCGCCUCCUUGCUAUAUUUAGCCUGUCCAUAUCCGUCCGUCCUUCGUUUCUUGCUCGACGCAGCAAACAGGCGCCGGGUUUAGCGCCGGGUGGAGAAAAGCAGUCGGUUUGACGAGGUGAGAGAUAUGGCAGCCGCGAUGGCACAUGCACUGCCGAUGCCUGUGGUAGCAGACGGCUCUACCUCUUUCUCGCUCCGUCCUUCUGGACCAGUCCCCACCCACGCUGUGACUGCAUCAGCGGCUAUGGUGAAGAGUGCGGCCAGGGCUCCUUCGUCGGCCGCGGGGUGGAGUUCUGCACUCGUGCCUCAGUCUGUCUCCAGAGCCUCUCGCGAUCUGAUUAGCGCGCGGGAGGCUUUCGUGGCUGGCGGGGGGAGCGCGGAGGGGGCGGGGUUCUUCCGCGGACAGAUGUUCGGCGCCGCGGGUAUCCCCGGCGCGGCUUCUUUUAAGUCGCCAUCGGGCGAGAAGUUGCCUCUGGAGAUGGCGACCGUCCUAUGCGCAGCGGAGCCGCCAGCCAGACCUGGCAGUGACCGGGGCCCGCCGGCGGCGCGGAAGGGUCGCGGCAAGAUGGAGGUGAACGCGGUGUUGGCCGACAUGGCGAAGAGGACGACCCCUGAGGAGGAAUUAACCCAUGUCAUCCAGUUGAGGGAGAGGGCGCUGCCGCGUAAUGUGAUCUCUGUCAUCUUGGGCGGCGGCGCCGGGACGCGAUUGUACCCUCUCACGAGGCAUCGCGCCAAGCCCGCCGUGCCCAUCGGCGGAGCCUACAGGUUGAUCGACGUGCCGAUGAGCAACUGCAUCAACUGCGGGAUCAAGAAGAUCUUCAUUCUGACACAAUUCAACUCCACGUCGCUGAAUCGGCACCUGGCGAAGACGUACAACUCGGGGGGCAUUACGUUCGCUGAUGGGUUCGUCGAGGUGUUGGCCGCGACGCAGACUCCAGGGGAGGGCGGUCAGGAAUGGUUCCAGGGAACUGCCGACGCCGUGCGGCAGUAUCUGUGGUUGCUGGAGCAAGACCUGUCGCACAGGGACGUCGAAGACAUACUGAUUCUGUCAGGGGAUCACUUGUACCGAAUGGAUUACAUGGAUUUCGUGCAGAGGCACAAGGAUACCGGGGCUGAUAUCACGAUCUCGGUAUUGCCGAUAGACGACAGCCGGGCGUCGGACUACGGAUUGAUGAAGACUGACGACAAGGGAAGGGUGGUGUCGUUCGCGGAGAAGCCCAAGGGUCAGGAGCUGGCUGCCAUGGCGGUGGACACCACGAUUCUCGGAUUGUCGGCGGCUGAGGCCAAGGAGAAACCGUACAUCGCCUCCAUGGGAAUUUACGUCUUCAAGAAGAAGACCCUCAUCGAGCUCCUUCGGUCCAGGUACCCCCACGCCAACGACUUCGGCUCCGAGAUCAUUCCGUCUUCUGCCGGCGAGUUCAACGUGCAGGCGUAUCUCUUCAACGACUACUGGGAAGAUAUUGGGACCAUGAGGUCCUUCUUUGAGGCGAACCUCGGCUUGACCCGCCACCCUGCGCGCUUCAGCUUCUACGAUGCGCAGAAGCCCAUCUACACCUCGCCGCGUAACCUGCCCCCCUCCAAGAUUGAGAAGUGCCGGGUUAAGGAUUCGAUCAUCUCUCAUGGGUGCUUUUUGCGUUCGUGCGCUGUCAAGCACUCCAUCAUCGGCCUGAGGUCGCGAGUCGAACAAGGCGUCGAUAUUGCCGACACGAUGAUGAUGGGAGCUGAUUACUACGAAACGGACGCCGAACGUGCCGCGUUGUUAGCCUCGGGCAGAGUGCCCAUUGGCGUGGGAGAGAACACGGUUCUCAGGAAUUGCAUAAUUGACAAGAACGCACGCAUCGGAAGAAACUGUCGGAUCACGAACGAGAAGGGGGUAAAGGAGGCGGAGAUGACGGCCCAGGGGUACUAUAUUAGGGACGGUAUUGUCGUCAUUCUCAAGAAUGCGAGUAUCUAUCAUGGUACUGUUAUCUAGGAGGCGAGGGGGUCUGGCGGGGAGAGGGAGGGGGGGGGAGGGAGGGGCAAAUUUUAGGGGGGGGGGGGGGGGGGGGGGGGGGGGGGGGGGGGGGGGGGAAAUUUUUGGGGGGGGGGGGGGUUGCGGAGAGGGGGGGGGGGGGCAGGAGGGGGAGGGAGAGUCAUUGAGUAGAGGAGAGAGGAACGUACCGUCAUCUAGGAGGGGGGAAAAGGGCAGAAGGGUCACAACAGAGUACAGGAGAGAAACGUGAGAGGGAGGGGGAAAGGGGAGAAAAGGAUUGAGCGCAACGAGUUACUGUAGUCUUGUGUUUUGUGUUUUCUGCGUCAGCUCGUUCCUUUGCGGAGGUUACUUUUGCGGUCAUUCAUUCUUUGGGUUGUCUUGGGAUCCGGCUCAGGUCGGCAUCAAAGUUAAGGAUAGCGUUCCAGUCUAGUUAAGUCGUCAGUCUGUCUAGGGGGUUCUUUUUUUUUUUCCCCCCCGAUUUCUCUCUUUUUCAGCUUUUCCUUUUCCGGGGGAUUCGGUUUGCGGUCGAGGAUUUUUGUUUUGUCGUCGGAUCGAGUGUAGCGUCUUUUUUUCUUCGGGUGGUGUAUGGUGUUUUUUUUUUUUUCCGGGGAGUGUCGCAGUUUGAUUUAGGGGGUCCGAUAUUGGUGAUUAGGCCACAUCUCUCUCUCUCUCUCUCUCUCUCUCUCUCUCUCUCUCUCUCUCUCUCUCUCUCUCUCUCUCGUCAUAGUGGACGGGCCAAUCAAAAUUGCCCUCGGUCUUACGGGAUUGCUCACACGCGAAUGUUUUUAGUGAGCUGUGGACGUGAUUACGGUCGGAUGCAUUCACGUCUGACCGUAAUUGCAGUUAGAUUCAUUUUAGAAAGUGUAUGAGUAUGGCUGGCCUGAAUGAGCAGCUGCUGUUCCCAGUACUGAUCGCGCGGGCUGGCUUUGGAAAUGGGAAAUGGCCAGUGCAGAUUACCGUAUGGGAAAUAGCCAGUGCAGAUUACCGUUCUGGUUUAAUAGAGAGUUAACUGGUGGCUUAACUCGUGUUUAAGGCGUGGCUCCGAGUUGAGUAUAGGCGCCGGUGGUGACCUGUGGUGGGACAACUUUCCUUCUGCAUUCUCCUUCGCGUAAGUACCAACUCACACUGUAUUCUCCUUCUGCUGCUGUGGUGAGUUGUGGCACAGGUGAGUCUGUGUGUGAUACAAUCGAACGUAAUGAUGAUGCCCGUUGAGCUUGCGCCGGCGUUCGACUCUUGAGUGCGUUGGGGUCACGGUCGUGCCAUGGGGGCUGUUGGUGGCGAUGAUGGUGGCGGUGAUGAAGAUGAUAGGGUGGUGAAUUAAAAGCCUGAAUGAGAGAAUGAAGGGAGGACGACUGCCUCCUUGUUCUCGGAAGGACCGGCAAGUGAUUCAAUAAAUGGCACGGCAUUGGUUACGCCGAAAUACGGGGCUUGAACGAGUGGCCGCUUUGGGGUUACGCUCGUGCCAUGGCGGGUGGUGGUGGUGGUGAUAAUGGUGAUAGGGUGGUGAAUUAAAAGCCUGAAUGAGAGAAUGUCGGGAGGACUACUGUCUCCUUGUUCUGUGAAGGACCGGCAAGUGAUUCAAUAAUUGGCACGUCAUUGGGGCCUGUUGUAGGGGAGGGGCCGCGAGGUCUGGUGUAUCUGUGAACGCGUGUGCGUUUGCCCCGUGUUCGUGUGUCUGCGCGUGUGUGUGUGUGCGUGGAGAGAGCGAGCGAGCGAGCGAGAGAGAGAGAGAGAGAGAGAGAGAGAGAGAGAGAGAGAGAGAGAGAGAGAGAGAGAGGUGGAAUUCCAACACGUCAAAGCUGUGGAUUUGUGGGAGGAUUACCACGGAGGAGACCAGGUCGCCAGGAGCGGAUAUGGGCAAAGCGAUGGGAGUUCUAGGAGAGUAAGUUCUUAGAUGGCGUAAAGGAAGGAGUCAAAGGAGAGAGAGAGAGGGAUGCUAUCCCAGUCAUGUUUAGGAAAUUGGAAAUAUUUCUGUUCGUUUUUCUGAAGAAAAGA